AAGAUUUCAGAGGCUCAGUGGUGCUGUCUUACCCUCUCUCAAGCUUUCUUUCUCUGCCUCAUUUCUGCUACCGUUCACUUGAUUCAACAUGGAGUGUUUCUGUGGCACAUGGAACUUGAAGGAGAGCAAGAAUUUUGAUGAGUACAUGAAAGGCCUCGGUGUUGGCUUUGCCACUCGUCAGGUUGGCAGUAUGACCAAACCCACACUCGUCAUAUCCCAGGAGGGUGAUGUGGUUACACUUAAAACUGUAAGCACUUUCAAAACCACAGAAAUCAACUUCAAACUAGGAGUGGAGUUUGAUGAAACCACUGCUGAUGACCGUAAAUGCAAGUCGGUGGUAACACUGGACGGAGAUAAGUUGGUUCACAUUCAGAGAUGGGACGGUAAAGAGACUUCCUUGGUCCGAAAAGUCGAAGGCAACAACCUCACUCUGACAUUGACGCUCGGUGAAAUUGUCUCUACGCGAAACUACGUAAAGGAAUAAUAAAGGGAAACUGCAGUCACAAAACAUUCUCUAUUUUGGCAAAUGUAUUGUCAAUUGUUACAUGUAUGUACAUUUCAAACGGUUUUCGUCCCUUUUUAUCCAAAGACAGUAUAAGAUUCCAACUUUGUACCUCCAGAUGUCUGUAUUGUUGCUUUAUACUGGUUGUCUUGUAUGCUUCUACAGUCAGUGUUAAGGUCUGCAAUAAAUGUGACAUUUGCUCCAAA